UGGUGCCCGCUCUACUGGGGCCCUGAGUUCUGGGGAGUCUUGCAUUCCUCACACGGUGCUCCCCUGAGGCAAAGCCGGGACUCUGCCCAGGGGGGUCUCACCUGGGAGUCUCAGAGGGCCUCACGGUGGGGAGGGUGUCUGCACUGAGCAGGAGAGUGAGUGGGCUGUGGAGCAGCAACCUGGGGGACGCCCACUGUCCUAUGUGACCCCCGUGGACACCUAGUCCCAGCGCCUCCGGUUCCUCACCAGCACACAGCAAACCCCCCUCAGCGCAGCGGAGAGCAUUCAGGGAGGCACAGCAGUGACUGGCACACGACCUUGCGUGCUGCUGACCAGCCUGGGAUUUAUGGACAGGGCCGCGGGGGGCAGCUCUGAAUACUGCCGUGCCCAACAUCGCUGCCGUGCCUGCUGCUGAAGAGGCCCUGGUGCCUCUGGCCCUCACCAUUGCCCUCGCCCGCCGAUGGCCUCCGCUGCCCGGCCCGGGGCCGCCUCUGCCGCCUGAGCCCCCUGCCCCCUUCCAGGACUCGCCAUACCCCAAUGGGGUAACGUGACAGAGGCCCUGUGAGUCAGAGCCACCCACCACCAAGGCUGCUGCUUCUGACCCCACCCCAAGGCUGCCCUGUGGGUUCAGUUCAAGUGCGUUUUCCUCUGAUCUUGGGGGCUUGGGGCCUGCCUUUGAGUGAAGGGGGCCGUUCCCCUGCCCACGGAUGCGGGGAGGGUGUCCGAGCUCCGGACCCAGCCACGGUGGCCAGAUUCACUUCGGGCUUGUUAACGCUUUCUCCGCGUUCUUUUUGGUUGUCAUCAUUUUGAUUUUUGCCCUCUUGUACUGAUCCAGCUUUGAGAGGUAGGGGCUGGGACCGGCUUGCUUUACAGCCGGGGCUCCUUGUUGCUCUUUUUUAGAGUCGGAUUGUUUUUUAAUCCUCCGGGCAUCCGGCAGCGUGUCCCCACCAAGUAUUUGCACAAUAUUUGUGCGGGGUGUUGGGGGCAGGUUUUUUAAAAGCUUCUCUCUCUUGGACAAGCACAGGGGUCUCGUUCUCCUCGGGUUUGGGGCCGGUGGAGGCUUCUCCCGCCGGGCCCAGCGGGGCCCCAGCCGCUCUGCAGCGCCUUCCUGGGCCCCGCCCCGUCUCAGGGAGGACCAUGGCGCGCAUGAACCGGCCCGCCCCUGUGGAGGUGAGCUACAAGAACAUGCGUUUCCUCAUCACCCACAACCCCACCAAUGCCACCCUGAGCACCUUCAUCGAGGACCUGAAGAAGUAUGGCGCCACCACCGUGGUGCGCGUGUGUGAAGUGACCUACGAUAAGGCCCCUCUGGAGAAGGACGGCAUCACUGUGGUGGACUGGCCAUUUGACGAUGGGGCACCCCCGCCUGGCAAGGUGGUGGAGGACUGGCUGAGCCUGCUGAAGGCCAAGUUCUGUGAUGACCCUGGCAGCUGUGUGGCCGUGCACUGCGUGGCUGGCCUGGGACGGGCUCCCGUCCUCGUGGCCCUGGCCCUCAUCGAGAGCGGGAUGAAGUACGAGGACGCCAUCCAGUUCAUCCGGCAGAAGCGGCGAGGAGCCAUCAACAGCAGGCAGCUCACCUACCUGGAGAAAUACCGACCUAAACAGAGACUGCGGUUCAAAGACCCGCACACACACAAGGCCAAAUGCUGUGUCAUGUAGCUCAGGGGCCCAGGCCUGGGGCCCGCCGGGCUGCAGGCAGGACCCCCUCGCCCUGCCUGCCAGGGCUCUGGGCCUUGGCUGCCUCCAGCUCACCUUUCCUGCCUGAUACCUCAGGGCACCUGCGUCCAGGCGGUCCAGCUUGCCCCAUGCCGUUUGCUUUCCGCCAGUCUCUGGAUGGGUGUCUCUCUCCAUCUCUGAGUCUCCCUGGGUCUCUGUGCGCUUGCGUCUCUCUCUAGCUCUGUGUCCGGCGUGUCUCUGUGAGCUGUUUAUUUCAGUCUGUGUCUCUGUCUCUGUGCCCUCAGAUUUGCCUCUCUGAGGCUCUUUUUGUCCCCCAACCUCCCAGUCCCUGGCACUCCUGCCAGCACCCUCCACACAUGCCCCUAGGGCAGCUCUUUUCUGGCCCAUUUGUUCAAAGCCAGGGGCAGGUCUGUUUUUUAACCACUGGGCCCUAGCCCUCCUCUGUGGCCCCUUGUCCUGACCUAUUCUCAGCACCUUAAAUUAUUGGGUCUGGGGGCGGUCAGAUGUUCUGGACACUCGAAGGCAAUAAAACAGGACUCUGUGA